AUGACUUCUCUAGACAUUGCUGAGAGCAAAGAAAACAAAGAUGUUAAAGAAGUUUUACAUCGUGCACAUGCCAAAAGGGCACAAGAACUGCCUGAAUUUACCCUAGUACAAUAUUUGUGCUCACCACAGGGAUUUAUUGAGAGAAUGUUCAGAAGUUUUAUUCUUGUGCGGAAGGAUUUGUCUGUUGAUAUGCGCAAUGUCUUGUUACUGGUAGCUGUAUUGAUUGCUACUGCUACAUAUCAAGCUGUACUGAGCCCUCCAGGUGGAGUCUAUCAAGGAGAUGCCAACACUAAUAACACUGUGAUUAAAGUUGCCAGAGCAACCAUUCCUAUUAUACAUCCAUUGAGGGAGCGGGAAAUAAGCCGUGUUGGCAAAAUGGUCAUGACAAAGAGCGUAUACAACCAGUUCAUGCCUGCGAAUACUGUGGCUUUCAUUCUUUCACUUUCAGUGAUAGUCUUCGUGCUGCAUGCUCGCCUUUACACCAUAAUCUUGCAUGGUUGCCUCAUAUUUCUUGCGUAUGGCUACCUCGUUGCCAUGGUUUAUAUAUCGGAUUCUUCUAAUAUUUCUCGUCUUCUAUUCAUCCUUUCCUGGUUCGCAGUAGUCAUUGUUUUUGUGUUGAAAAUGAAGUACUAUCUGGUGAAGGCUUUGUGUGUGGUCGGUCAUCGGGCUAACAUAUGUAACCUUUUUGACAAACUUCCUCAAGAAGUCUCUAUGAUUAAGUACAUAAGAAGAAUGGAAAUGCAAUACAGAGUACUCAGAAAUUGGAAACUGGGAAUGGCAAAGAGUUCAUUCAAGCAAGAACAUGAUCUUGAGAAGAGGCGUGCUGAAGCUGCUAGGAUUAGGGAGAAGUACCCUGAUCGGAUUCCGGUGAUUGUUGAGAAGGCAGAAAGAAGUGAUAUUCCAAAUAUUGACAAGAAAAAGUAUCUUGUCCCAGCUGAUUUGACUGUAGGGCAAUUUGUUUAUGUGAUUCGCAAAAGGAUCAAACUCAGUGCAGAGAAAGCAAUUUUCAUAUUUGUUGACAAUGUUCUGCCACCAACAGGUGCUAUUUUGUCUGCGAUAUAUGAUGAAAAGAAAGAUGAAGAUGGUUUCCUCUAUGUAACCUACAGUGGAGAGAACACAUUUGGGAACUUUGUCAUACCGUAG